AGAAAAUAAAAUAAAAUAUACAAGUAAAAAAAUAAAAAUUUCAAUUAUCUACUACCAAGCAUAAAGUAUUUUUGUUAUACGAAAAAAAAAAUAUUUUUUAAGUCUUCAUAAAGUUUUUUAAUUUACAUACAAUUUUUAAAUUUUAAAUUGCUUCAAAAUUGUUAAAAUAAUUAGAAAAACGCGAAAAAAGCUUAAUGUUAAUGAAUUUAUACGAACGACAAUGCGAACCAAAAAUUUUAUUAUAAUAUUGUGUUGUGUAGUCCUUACAAGCUUUAUAUUUAUAAUAUUAGGACCGGCUGGACAGCAAAAUGAUUCGAUUAAAAAUAUUGUUACUCAAACUCAUCAACAGCUGAGAGAAUUACAGGAAAACUUACGUGCAUCAGAUGAAAAAACAUUAGAAGUUGAUGAAAAAUAUUUAGCCCAUUUGGGUUUUAUUCAACCCACCUUCAAUGGAACAAAAUCAAAUUUCUCAAUUGUAACGUACGUCCAAGAUGGGCAAGCACCAUCAGUUAUAUUACUAUCGCAAAAUAUUGCUGCCAAAUUUCCUAAUGAAUAUUUACUAAUAUAUGAUUUAGGAUUAUCUGAAGAUGAUUCACAUGCAUUAAAUAGUUAUUGUAAUAGCUCAAAAUGCUCUGUUAUUAUAUAUGAUUUAUCUGUUUAUCCAUCAUAUUUAAUGGAUCAGCGAAUGCACGCAUAUCGGCCACUUGUGAUAAAGGAUGCGUUACAGCGUUCAAAACAAAUUCUAUUUACUGAAAAUUAUAUUAGGUAUCGCGGUACUAGUCGUGAUUUACAUGAUCUCAAAUUAAAAUCAUUACAAAAUGGUGGUAUAUUAGGUUGGACAACACCCUUGGCAGUAUCGACAUUAACUCAUCCAAAGAUGUUUGGUUAUUUCCAAACGAAUGCAGAAAAUUUUCAAUUUUCACGUAUGAUUAAUUUAGAUGCAAUAUUCAUUACGGAUACACCAAUAGUUAAUGAAAAAAUAUUAUUACCAUGGAUAAAAUGUUGUUUAACGAUGGAAUGUAUCGAUCCAAUUGGUGCUCAAUCUGGUGGUUGCAAAUAUAACAAAAAACCACAAUUUCGUUACUCCGGAUGUCAUGCAUACGACACAUCAGCAUUAAAUAUAGUUUUAGGAUUAACGUGGCAUGAUGAAACAAAAUAUUCUCUAUCUGGUGACACAAAUACUAUUUUUUAUCAAGAGACUCUCGAACAAGCUACCAAAAUAUUAGAAAAUAAACGUCGUAAUAGUAGUGAUACAUCAGAACAUCCUUUUACGGAUGAAUAAAACUAAUUAUUAUAUUAAAAAUAUUAAAAACAAACAUCAAUAUUAAAUAUUAUAUUAUUAUAAUUGAAAAAAAAAAAACAAACAAAUGAAUAAAACAGAAAUUAAAAUACAUUUUAAAUUUAAGAUUUAAUAUUAUUAGAAAUUAAAAAUUAAUAAAAAAAAGAUUUGAUUAACCAAUUACGAAAAGUAAUAAACGUAAUAUUGAUAAAUUAAAAAUAAAUAUAAAAAACGUUUGAUAGAAAAAUUAACUUAAUAAAGAAAAAUAAAAAAAAAUUAAAAUUUAUAUAUACAAUAUUAUUGCA